AUGGGUGGCCGCGUUUGGUCAGAUCGGGAGGAAAGAUACUUCUGGCGAAAGGCAAUGCCCCGUUCGCCAAAGCGCGUCGGGGCGGAUCGUGCAAAGACCGAAAAGGCUUGGUCUGAGCUAGCUCCCAUCAUGCAAAGAGAAUUGGGGGAGUAUGCUCGUCGCCAGUAUACUGGUACAAUGCUGUUCGAACAUUAUUUCCAGAACAUCGAAACUCAACGAGUAUCACCUAACGCAACCUUGUAUGUGCGGGAGUAUCUGAGGAAGUCUGGGUCGUUCAACUCCAACCAUCCGUUCCUUAGAGGUCCUCGCAGUAUGGGCCGUGGCAUCCGGCCAAGCACCGGCUCGGUCAACACUAGGGAUGGCGGUCAUACUACUGGCCACGCAAGAUCACAGCGCUCACGUCCGCUUCCCGAUGACUCCUCCUCACGCCAGCUCCUUACCGAGGGUUUCCUUGAGAGCUCCAAGUCUGCCAAACAUCAAGAUCACCGCUACCAGGGCGACGAAGAGGAUGAAGACUGA